AUAAAAUAUUUGCAAUGUUAGGCCCAAACGGAUCCGGAAAAACAACAUUAAUGCGUGUAAUAUUAGGACAAUUAAGAUUAACAUCAGGCACAAUUGAGGUGUUUGGCAAAAUGGCAAGAUCUGCGGGUUUGGGUAUUCCCGGACCGGGUGUCGGGUAUAUGCCUCAGGAGUUGGCGUUAUUUGAUUAUUUCACAAUCGGAGAAAUACUUAAUUAUUACGGAAUGAUAUAUCACAUGACACGCGAGGAAAUUAAUGAAAGCGUUCAAAAUUUUAGAGUAAUUAGUCAAUUAAGUGGUGGACAACAGCGCCGGGUGUCGAUCGCCAUAACAAUGUUACACAAACCCAGACUCGUUAUAUUGGAUGAGCCCACUGUUGGUGUGGACUCUCUGCUCAGACAUAGGAUAUGGAAAUACUUGGAGAAUAUGUGCAAUAAAAAUAGGAUAAUAAGCCAAACAGUGAUAAUAACGACCCAUUAUAUAGAAGAGGCCCGGAGUGCACAUAACGUGGCGUUUAUGAGAUCCGGCGCUGUAUUGAGACAAUCAAAUCCACAACAAUUGAUGGAUGAAUAUCAGUGCCCGACACUGGAGGACGUGUUCCUACAGUUGUGUCAAAUAAAUGAUAACACCGUUGCUUUUAGUCAAGACAUGAAAUCCAAAGACAAUACAGACAUUGAUUUAAACAAUAAUAGUUUAACAACAUGUGAGACAAUAAUUCACUACAAAAACAAUGCGUUCAUUGAUUGGCAACGAUUGAAAGCAAUCGCCGUUCAGUCGGUAACAAAUGGUGACAAUUAUUUGGCGCUUGAAUUUCGGGACAACUUUUCCGACAGUUUUGAGACACGAGUAACGGAUAUGUUUGACGCCAGCGAUGAUGUCGUUGAGCAAAGCCUUAUACAUCUAUAUGUAGACAUUUCAAACCCACAAAUGUACGCCAUGAUGGUUAGAUACCUUUUGGAGGGAUUUGUUAUAUUCACUAAAAAAUUGGGCCAAAUUGUAAACAAUAUGAAUAUUUACGACCAAAUGAACGCAAUUAAAGUUAUCGAAGUAUUUAACGGCGAUUUAAGCAAACCUUUGGCCACAUUUAUGUUUGUCGGACCGCAAAUGUUGGUAUUUGUCGAGUUUAGUUGGGGUUUGAUUCUAUCGGCAUUCAUCAUGAUAACUGACAAAUCGUUGAACAUAAUGAACCGGGUGUUUGCGGCCGGUGUCACUGAGUACGAGUAUAUGGGCGCCCAUAUAAUCAUCAACGUUAUCAUUAAUUUAGUUCAAGUCAUAAGUUCGAUGAUUGUUGUGUUUGUCGUAUUUUCCGUUCAACAAUCGGGAAGUUAUUGGGAAAUAUUCCUGUUUUUAUUCAUAGAAAAUAUGGCGGGCACUUUUAUCGGUUUAUUACUCGCUGUAAUUUUAGGCGAUUCCUUUUCUGUUAUAGUUUGCAUAAUGGAAAUUAUAUUUCCCCUGCUAUUCAUAUCUGGUAUCUUUUGGCCACUUGAGGCCAUUCCCGAUAUGUUUCGGUUUAUAGACUAUAUAAAUCCGGUAACAUUUCCCAUGCAAUAUCUCCGUAAUAUAAUGGCACGAGGUUUGACAUAUCAACACCCAGAUGUUUACCAUGAAACUGUAAAU